GCAUUAAUAAUUUUUACUGCGAAACUCAGCCAUGAUGAGAAAAGAAUUGAACAGAGAGAUCCUGUUGUCUCUGCACCAAAUCUUCAAUUGUUUUAUGUUGCCAUGGAAACAACAGGAGGAGAUACGACGUCAGAAAGAGGCUGGGGAGGGUCUGUAUAAAUACAAGACAAAACUUCACGGUGAUGACAGAGACAAUGAGGUGAUAGAGGAGGAAGAAUUCAGACAGAAUUUUCCUUCCUUUCAACAGGAUUUCCAAGACUUGAUACCACCUUCUUCUCUGGAAGACACUGGAUUUUCUGAGCAUUUGGAACCUGAAAUAGAAGAUACACCCCAUAGAGUUACAGAGAGAGAAGUGACUGCUGUAAGCUUCACCCACCAGCAACUGUUCUCAAGUCUGUCUUCCUCUGAUUGGUAAUAGCAAAAUCAUGUGACAGAGGUCACAACCCAGGACAUCAUAGAGCCAACAUUGCUGUGCUAUAGCA